GAGACACUUUAUAAUGAAUGUAGAAAACUUGUAGUUAUGUAGAGGAUUAUAAGCAAGUUUAAGACUGACAUAAGACUACAAGGACAAUAAACAUUACAUGUGUGGGUUUUGAGACAUUAAAUGUAAAUAAACAUUGAAGAAGCUCAGAUUUGGCAGACUUUCUACCUGGAGUCCAAGAGGAAGACUUUACGUGCCACACCCCAUAACUACAGUAACCUCAGGUGGCACCGCCUAUGUUGUGACUUUUAACUUUUGGGUAAUGACAUUCAUUGCUUGUUAAAAGUAAAACGUUUUUAGUGGAAGUGACAUCCAUUGGCUGUGGUGAUGGAAUGUAUGGUGCUACACAGCCUGGCUGGGAAGCUGGGUCUCACCUCUGCUGCUACUCUCAGGAAAGCGGAAGAAUUAAUACGCCUGCUGGCAGUACAAGGAGGUUCGAGAUUGUCCCUCAGUAUGUCUUGCAAAGCAGUCAUAUGUCUGGAGAUGGCUGCAGCACUCACAGGAGCCUCUGUUGACAAGAACCUGGUGAUAAAACUCUCAGGGUUGAAGCGUCCACAGUAUGUGGGAAAGAGCCAGACAGUGAGCCGCUUGCUCAAUGUUUCACCCACUGUUAGUGUUGCUGACCUCUGUGUCACUCACUCUGCCACAGCUGCUACUGAUUUAGCACGCCGCGUUCUCACACAAUACGAGGCGAGCAUGAGUGGGAACCAAGGUGUGGAUGUGAGCCUUCCUGUGUACCAGACUGCUGCUGUCCUUGCUUCCUGCAAGGUGAUGAAAAUUAAGGUGGAUCAGCGGCGCUUGUUUGAGUCUAGCUGCAGCAAAAGGGCGAUGUACCAACGCUUGGUGGAAGUCAUGACUAAGAUAGCCCAAGAAAUUCACAAACUCAAGGCAGGGAAAGGUGAAAACAAGCGUACCAGGACACUCAUGGAUUUGGUGGAAGAGAACUUCAGAGAAUGUUCACCAGAAAAACGUGUUAAAGAGAAGAGCAGCGAUGAUGAGGAAGAAAAGGAUAAGGAAGCAGAGUUUGAAGCUUGGAAGAAGAAGAUUUUAGAGGCAGCAGCAGCAGCAGCUGAGUAGGUUGCACGUUUGUUGAAAUGCUCGACAACACACACUUCCCCUGAGAGAAGUCAUUAAAGAGGCAAGUGUCUUCACGUCUGGUCAUUGAUGCAGUUCCUGACACAACACCUGAUACAAGAGAAACCUUCAUUGUUGCUCUGGUUGAGUACUUUCAUACUUAGUGCUGGUGAGGGCAUCUAUCAUGGCUAAAAAUGAAAAAAAUUAUGUAAUUAGUCUGGGUUACUAACAACUAUAGAAGCUGCUCAUUAAUUAUGUUGGUUGGAUCACCUCGCCUUAAAGAAGUAUUCAGUUCAGUUUUUAAUCAUAUUAAAGAAGUAUUUUAAUUUUAUUAAAGAAGUAUUUGGUUCAGUUUUUAAUCAAAGAAAUAUUUUAAUUUUAUUAAAGUAUUCAGUUCAGUUUUUAGUCAUAUUAAAGAAGUACAUGUAUUUUAAUUUUAUUAAAAAAGUAUUUAGUUCAGUUUUUAAUUGCAUUAUAAUUUAACAUGCUUUAAUUUGACACAUCAUUAACUUGUCAAAUAAAUAAAAAGUACAUCAUUUAAAAAUAUUCAUUGUGUAUUAUUAUGAAAUUCAGUAUAAUUUUACUUGAGCUUUCAACAGUAAUUGAAGCAUCUUGACUCUUAUAUAGUGGGUAUGUUCUUUGAUUCAAGAAUAUACCGUACUAUAGAAGGUUACAAUGAUUGCAUAUUUAGAGUAUGAGCAAGGAAUCUUGAAAAAAAAAUCCUGUGUGUUUUCCUAAACAGGAAUUGUGUGAUA